AUAGUGAUGGGUAGGCUAGCUAUAGAAUGCUUGGAUUUUGAUCUGCCCCCCAGCGAGUACGUUUAUGGUGUUUUUGAACUCAACUGAACACCGAUACCUGAAGCUAGCGUAAAACAUUUAACUAGUAACUGAUUUGACUGCUAAUCGUGCUAGCAAUGGCGAAGAAAAGCGAAAGUAUCGAGAAAAAAUUGACGCCUUUAAUUGAAGAGUGCGGUGCCUUCAGCUUUGUCGUCGUAACUAUAACAUUUCCGCAUUUGUCUCAGACCCAUAGCUGCAUUGGUUGCUGGGGCACGGACAUGCAGUUAAUGCAAUGACCGGAUGGCAGACGCGGCAAUGUUCACUACUCGUCUCCCCCUUUUCCUUUUUUCAGAAAUAAUCCACCUGCUGUCAUCAGACAGCAGCGCAAGAAAGGUGACGAGGUUAGGUGUGAAAUGGAACCAGGGUGGUACGGUGUUCCAAAUUCCCGAAGCACCUGUGUUGUUCGGGCACCGACUGUUAGUGCCUUCCAUCUUCCAUGACCAUGAUGCACUGGCAUCAAGCGUGAUGCAGGGAAUCGUCCACGAAGCGCAAACCCACCUUCCUGUCUGCGUUAAGUCGAAGAGAUUGACCGUGACGGUUCGUGAGAACGACGCUCAUCCCAGCCUAGCAGCCGUAACUGGCAUACCGAAACGUGCACGGGGCAAAGCGCCGAUUGCUGUUACAGAUUGCAGUGUCGCGCGCGCGUCCAUGAAGCGAAAACGACUGGGUACGAGUCUGCAUCUGGACGAUUUAUGGUUUGAACAAACUUGUGCGUGUUGCGUCUUCCACCUCUCUUCCCACAGCCCCAUACAACAGCUUGAUUGAACCACGGAGCCCGGCCCCCGCGGUCGCAAGUCAUCCCAAAAAAAACAGCCAACCAGUUUCCUCGAAAGCACACUUGCAUCCCCGUGCACCAAGAUGCUAUGAUGUUAAACUGACGAUGCCAGCAGUUGACCGCCUCGU